AUGGCGAAUUGGCACACGGGUGCCGCGAUCAACCUGGUCGGCAGCGUGUUGAUCAAUCUGGGCACGAAUGUGAUGAAGCUCGGCCACAACCGCAAGGCCGCCCUGAAGGCGCGGACCGGCAAGACGGUGGCCAUCAGGAAGUUUUCAGAGUGGCGAUUGGGGGUGGCAAUCUUCGCCAUUGGAAACCUGGCGAACUUUGUGUCUCUUGGGUAUGCUGCUCAGUCUCUUCUAGCAGGCCUGGGUGCUGUUCAAUUUCUCACUAACGUCGCCUUUGCAUCGCUCGUCCUGAAUGAAAAGGUGACACCCACAAUUCUUGUGGCUACUGGGUGCAUUGUGCUGGGCUGUGUGCUGUUGGUCUCCUUUGGAAGUCAUGAAUCGAAGCAGUUCUCAGUGCAGGAGCUCAUGGAGCUGUACACACGGCCAGUUUACGUCUCAUACCUGAUCUUCAUGGCUGCUACUGUGUUUCUUAUGUAUGCAAUCUACAGAUUCGGCAAGAGCACGUUGAGCCCGGGGGCUACCAGUCCAAGCCCCCAUUGGAACAGGACACUACCUGUGAGCUACGCACUGUUCAGUGGCUUGCUGGGAACACAGAGUGUCCUCUUCAGCAAAACGCUGUCCACCCUCCUGAGGACAACACUGGGCGGGAACAACCAGCUUACCUCAUGGUUCACUUGGCUGGUGGCCUUGGUUUUCAUCUGCACUGCAACCUUUUGGGUGUCAAGGCUAAACAAGGCCCUGAAGAUGUUCCCUGCCCUCGUCAUCGUGCCCACCAUGCAGAUCAGUUGGACCAUGUUCUCCAUCAUAUCUGGUCUGCUCUAUUUUGAAGAGUACAGGAUGUUCACCUACACGAAGGGGUUCAUGUUUGGUGUGGCUCUUGUGAUCGUCUUCAUUGGUGUCUUUUUCCUGACAAAGACAGCGAUCCCUGAGGAGAGAACAACAGCAGAUGGCAAGGCUGCUCUGAUUGAUGGAUUCGAUGGAGAGCGAAAGGCAUGGAUUGAAACAAAAGACAGAGUUGGCAGUGCCCGCUCGAUGUCUUCAGAAGGCCAUACACCUUUAAAGGAAGUGUGA